UGCCCCUGCGCACGAUGCGGCAGGCAUUAGCGCUUCUGCUUGUCGCUGGGUGCGCUGUAGCUUCUGCGCAGAUCGCGUGGACGCCUAUCUUCUUGGAUGGCAGUAGUCAAGUAGACUUAUGGACGCAGUCUUCGACCGGCUGCGCGUGCCCGGGCGGCGGCGGGGAAGACUGCGCGUGCUGCGUGCGCGACGGUGCGUGCCCGUGUGGCGACAUCGCGCCAACGCGCUGCGCGCAGUGCGGCUUGGAGCAGUACUGUGCAAAUAUGUGCAACAUCACCAUCGAUUCCCGAAUCCUGAAAAGCAAGUCAGGAAAGACCUUUGGACAGAUCAAGUCCCCCUCGAUCGAGGGCCCUGGGUCCUGCUCCUACUUCUUGCAACCCGACGCAGGUCAAAGGGUGGAGAUACAACUAUAUAGGCUCGUCUCAGUUGGAAGGUUUAACGGUACCAGUUGUGUCGGCGGGUGGCUGCAGCUGGGAGGAGCGGGCGCGGUCCGCGGCGCAGUCGCCGCUGAAACGCGACUGUGCGGCGCCAACGAGCGGUACACCCCUCCGGUCGUCCUCUUUGCUGACCACGGAGCUUCUACUUUAGAGUUUAGGAUAACAGAGAAGACGGUGAGGUCCCAGUUUCUGGCCUUCUUCAGCUUCACGUCGCUGAGUAACUCACAAGGAGUUGGGUUUCACCCUAGGGGCGGUUCGCGGAUACCCCAUACAGAUUGCGACUGGCUGUACCAGGACGUGUCAUGCCGCACGCCAGGGUCAUGUGUGCUCGCCAGUCCAGGGUACCCGGGGCUGUAUCCGCCUCACCGCUUGUGCAGAUACCUGUUCACCACCAACUCCGUCAAUACGAGGGUCAAGAUCAUCUUCACGUCGAUACUGCUGCCUAGAAAUCACUGCGCCACAGACUCGCUGUCGAUGCGAGCCGGGAAUUCGCCUUCAGCUCCACUGCUGGGAACACUGUGCUCCGAAAGGACAGCCACACUGGAGUAUCCUGGACCAAAUCUACUAUUGGAGUUCACCUCCGGGCCGCUCGUGCCUCCGUACGAUUACAACGGGUUCAUCGCCAAGCUGGAGUUUAUAGAGGGAGCGGACGCGAGCGGACCCCCGCCCACGGUGCUGCCCGUGUCGCCUCCGCUGGCGGCUUUGACGCACCAUGUACAGGCUGUGGAUAGAAUGGCGAUAGAGAGCAAUGCCGUUCCGAACGAGAUGGCCAACAAUGGCCGAGUAGGGUGUGGUGCCACUGUCCGCGGGUACGGACCCGGCGGGGCGAGGUCUGGCCACUUCGACACUAGGGCCACAACCUGGAGAUCCCAGUGUGCUAUACAUUUACUGGGCGCAUCGACAGAUGUGGUGCAAGUCUCGUUGUUUAAUUAUAAUUUAAGGUUACCAAGUUGUCGAUCUCAUAUUGAGAUUUUAGAAGGGCUUCACGAGUUUGGUGGAAGAGGAGAAAGACUGGACAGAUCUGAGAGGGGAGACCGGGCCCUCCUCAGGGUCUGCGGACCCUCCAUGAGGGAAGCUAGGGAUCAGGCCGGAAGGUUUCAUAUCCGCCAAGCUGUAACGUCAAAAGGUGCUAAUUUGACCAUAUUGGUGCGAAGGUCGGCAUCGCAAACUGAAGAGGAAUUUGUGGAUGGUGCCUUCGCCUUUCAUGACGAGCAACAUGAAGGCACAGCAUCACCAGAUGCAAUGUGUGCUUCAACCCACUACGGAUUAGCAGCGCCAACCCACGGCGGGGUCUCCGCUCCGUCUCAUCAUCAUAUCUUUUGGAACGUUGAGGAGCGGUUGCUGUGUACUCACAGAUUUAUUCCCGCUGCUAACCAAAGCGUUACUAUUGAGAUUCAACGCCUCGAUCGCAUGUGGAGUGCCGAGCCGACUGGCACGGUAGGCGCCGCCGGUUGCCGGACGGCGUGCGGCGACGCUGGUUGCGAGUGCCGUGCGAACACGCCUCUACACUACCACGACCAUAUUGCGCUGGUGGCAGGCGACGGGACACACUUAUCCUGCUUGUGUGGGGACUUCCAGGCGCCAUGGCUGCCUGUGGUAGUCCGGAGUUGGACCAGCGUACGACUGGAGUACUCAGUUGCUCACUACACGUACGCGAGCCGAGGGUUCGACUACGCGGCCGCCUACAGCUUCAACGAUGACUCGAUGUGCGGACAGCGAACUUAUACCACGCAUUCUGGUGAAAUAUCGUCGAGAAACGUGACAGUGACAGGCAGCUUGAACGAGUUCUUCUACCAGCAAUGCACUUGGGUCUUAGACUCGAAUGUCGAGAGGCAGCUCUUGAUUGAUAUAACCUCAGAACAGGAUAAGUCGUGUAGUUCAUGGAACAUCACACUUCACGAGUGGUCUGGCUCGGGCGCACAGAGCGACGCAGGCCUGGCGGCGGCCGCCGGCGAGCUAUUAUACACCUUCUGUGCAAGACAUAAGAAUCACACCUACACGCUGCCGUACAGACUCAACACUGUUGUUAUUAGAUUAGUGGCUUUGUCCCGCCAACAGCCGCUUUACACGAUUCGAUGGAGAUCGCAAGUGGUGCGAGCUAAUAACCGGCUCGGCCCACCGACCCCGGUGCCUGCUGCUUCUGCGGCGGCCACCGCGCCGCACAAAACUAUCACAAAUUUUGCGUUCACAUAUUUAACUGUAAUACUGGCAACUACAACUAUAAAGAACACUUUUGUAUAAAAAAAUUAAAGUAGAUGAAAUAACUAUAAAAAAAUAUAUACCUACCCUGGAAUUGUCGAAUGGCGUUGAACAUUAACUAACACAGCGUAGAUCAUGUUGCUUUAAGAAUUGGAACAUUUAAACUAUUUGUUUUGAAUCAGUGUGUGUUUUGUAUUACAAGUGUUGAGUGUCACCGUUGAAACUUAUCGUGUAAAUAGUGACCAGAUAGUGUACGCUGAAUGCCUUUCAUGGUAUUAUUUAAUCGAAUAAAUGUAAUGCCCAAAAUGGAUUUUACGUACUUGAAGGUAUUUGAACAAUUGAACAUGUAGAUUUUAUACUAGCCAACUAGGUAACACUGAGAUAGACUGAAUCUGAAUAUUUCAUCUUUAUUGUUUUUACGUUAAUGCACAGUUAAAAUAAAUUCAAAAUCAAUACAUUACGUGUCAAUUACCUACAUCAAUAAAUAAAACGAGUGAAUUGUCGUAUAUUCUCAUAUAUUACCAAAAUAUUGUUUUGUUUUUAAGUAAAAAAUGUGUUGCGUCAAACGAAAAUAUCAAAAGUAAAGUUUAUGAAUAAUAUUAAAUGUUGAAAGCAAGAAUGGUUUUCACUACUUGUAUAUAAGUAAUUUUUGUGUAUUUUAAUAUAGUUUGGCAAAUAUCUGCUGCCUGAAAAGUUGGCCUACAUAUGUAUUAAUUAGACGCUUUCUUUCUUUAGUUUUUAUGAGGUGGAAUAAAUGAUUGUUUUUCACGUUUACUUAGCUAAUAUCUAUGAUAAUAAUAUGCAAAGAUGCGUAGAUAAUAAACUGGAUUUGUACUAUAAAUAGCGAUGAGACACGAUAAAAUAAAUAACACAAUAAUAUAUAACGCUAUAAUAACAACACCUUAAACUAAUUUUAGCAAUUUUUCUUUUAAAAUGUUAUAUACUUAAUUGAAGUAAAAUUUUACUACGUACGGAGGAGUUAAACUCUUUAAACUUUAAAUAAAUAAUUAUAUUUGAGAUGUCGCAUAUUUUUAAUAAUUGCAACUUUGUUGUAUAAAUAACAGGAAUUUCGUUGAAAACAUUAAAUUAUGUUCAAUUUUUUCUUGGUAUUCUGCGACUCUUCUCGAAUUUGUCGCUUGUUAAAAUAAAAAGGCAUCCUCUUUUUGUAAUCGGUCAUGUAAAAAUAGGUCUAAGAUAAGGAGUAGUGGCAAAAUUUUAUUUAUUGUUUAUUAUAUAUUAUAAAAUUAAAAUAUUAUUUUGAGUCGGUUCAUUCUGAAACAAUGAUGAUUCAUCAAUUUCAAACUUAUAAUAACUAGAAAAACUUUUAUGAAAAAAAAAACGAUUACUUGUCUUUUGUGGGAACUUGUUAUAUACUUUUGUCGUCAUUAUAAAUGAUUGAGUUUAAUAUUUUUAUAGCUAAGCACAAAAAAGCUGUUGUACCAAUGAUUAUUCUUUUAUUACCAUUUUUUGUAUUAAUUCUUUGUACUUUAACCAGAUUACGUCUCGGGAUUGAAAUUGGGUUAAUUAAUGAAUUGUUCCAUUUUCUUAUUGUUUUUACUAAGUAACAGUAACUGUAUGAAGUAUCAAAUAAGAUAAAUUGAACGAGUUGUGUAGGUGUAAAUAGAUAACUUACACUGUGGUUAGAUAUAAUUACACUAAUAGGUAGAGAUUCCAUGAAAUAAUUAAUAAUGUUUGUUACACCG